UUUUGUGAUCAAUAUUCUAUCAGCCAGCAAUGAACAUCAACCAUCACCCCCCACAAUCUAAAUGGUCCACCGACCUCUUUGAAUGUGGCAGCAAUCCAGCUACAUGUUUCAUAACAUGUUGUCUUCCAUGUGUAACUUUUGGUCAGAUUGCAGAGGUGUUGGACGAGGGUAAAAGUUCAUGCGUGGCUGAAGGCUUAAUCUAUGGUGUCUUGAUGACCUUUUCAUGCCAUUGGAUCUAUGCGUGCAUGCUUCGAGAAAGACUACGAACUAAGUAUGGUUUGCCAUCUGACCCUUGCAACGAUUGUUGUGUUCAUUUUUGUUGCGAAGCUUGUGCCCUUUGUCAAGAACAUGCUGAACUUAAGCACCGAGGGCUCGACCCAUCUAAAGGUUGGAUCGGACCACCAAAUGUUCCUCCACGUAUGCCACCUUCAAUGGAAAGAGUUUGAACUCAUUGUGAUUCGACAAGGGGUUACAUUUAUCAUUUUAUAGAAGGAAUAAUCGCAUUCGACGAGGGGUUACAUUUAUCAUUUUAUAGAAGGAAUAAUCGCAUUUAAGCAAUAUUUGAUCUACUGGUUGGCGUUUUUACAAGAAAUAACAACAUACUUAUGUUAAAUGUAUGUAGAAGGUUGAUUUGUCAAUUGAACGAGUAUUUUAAAUAUAAUCAUAUGAUACAUGACUCAUAGUGAAUCAUAAAAGAACAAAAUGACUUUUC